AUGACGGGGGAAAGCAGGCAGGGGCCAAGUCACUGCACAUCCAGUGAUGCAGAGGAACGUACCCUGCCUUUCAGGGUACAUCCAGGGCUGGGCUCCUGGGAGCUGAGGCCUCUCCAGAAGUCCGUCGUUUUCCAGCUCACUGAGCAAGGCCCCUGGGUGAGCGGGGCCGGCAACGCCACCGUCUUGCACUGCGAGGGGCCGGCCGCCGCGGGGGUCACGACCCUGACCCUGGCGAACCGCAGCCUGGAGCGCCUGCCCGGCCGCCUACCGAGCACGCUGCGCGACCUCGACGGCAGCCAGAACCUGCUGCGUUCCCUGAGAGCGCCCGAGCUCGGCCACCUGCCGCGGCUGCGGGUGCUGAAUCUGCUCCACAACCGCAUCGCCGCGCCGCGCUGGGGCCCCGGCGCUCCCGCGGGCCUGCGCACGCUCGACCUCAGCUACAAUCUGCUGGCGGCCCUGCCGCCGUGCGCCGGGCCGGAGCUGCCCAGCCUCCGCGUGCUGGCGCUGGCCGGAAACCCGCAGCGGGCGCUGCAGCCCGGGGCCUCUACCUGCUUCCCCGAGCUGCGCCUGCUCAACCUGUCCUGCCCCGCGCUGGGCCGCGACGACCAAGAGGGCAUCGCCGACGCCACCUUCACCCGGGCAGGCGGCGCGCCCCUGGCCGCGCUCGAGGUCCUGGUCCUCAGUGGCACGUUCCUCCCGCGCGUUCAGGCAGGAUGGAUCAGAGACCUGCCCAGGCUCAGGUCCCUCUACCUGAGGAAGAUGUCCAGGCUGAGGAACUUGGAGGGGGAUAUUUUCAAGAUGACCCCUGAGCUGCAGGAGCUGGACGGUCAAGAUUCACCAGCACUUACCUCUGUCCAUACACACAUCUUUCAAGACACGCCUCACCUACAGGUCCUUCUAUUCCAAAACUGCAACUUGAGUUCCUUCCCUCCUUGGAACCUGCAUUCCUCCCACGUCCUGUUCAUCAACCUCUUUGGCAACCCCCUCACUUGCAGCUGCGAGUUGUCCUGGCUCUUCAUGGAUGCAAAGAGGACUGUCCUAAGGAAGACAGCAGACACCAUGUGCAUACCAGCUGCAGGAUCCAGUGGCACAUUCUCAGUCCCUCUUUUGCUCUCCCAGCUGCCAAGUGUGUGCCAUUCGGACCAACACACCUCUCUCCUUGAUUCCAACCCACGCUCCUCGGUCUACUCCAUCCACGCACCAUCCACACAGGGUCCCUCCAGCCUGCGGAGCACAUCACCUUCUCCUCAACCUGCGGGAGGUGGACAGAGUGUCACCAAGGUUCCCUCCCUCCUCGUGCUCUCCGACACACCAGCUACGGGGCAGCAUAGCCAUGCCCAGGACCGGGCCAUCCCCUCCACUGCCCUCUCUCCAGUAGGUUCCAGCAACUCUAGCGACUCCCCCAGGGCUGCGAGCACGGGGAACACCGAGACAGAGACCAAGCACCGACAACAUGCUACCCGGCUCGGCCUGGAGCCUAAGAUCUCAGCUGCCUCCACCCCAUGGGCCAGCGAACUCCCUGGUCUCUGCCCUGCCUCCCAGAACCCAGUGAGCACGCCCCAGCCCGCCCGGGGAACACGGGCCACCCCGCGGGGUCCCCGCCCGCGUCCUUCCGAGGGCAGACUUCCAGUCCUACUGCUAGACCACUCCAGCGGAGAAGGUGAGCAAGAGGAGGUGGGGGCGCCGGGCCGAGGUGUACUUUGCCCUUCCCACCCCUGCCUGCACCUCCAAAAGCCGUGCGCAGAACUGCAGCGGCGCUGGCGGUGCCGGUGUCCCGGCCUCAGCGGGGAAGACACCCUCCCCGAGCCCCCGAAGCUGCGGGCAGUGGCCGAGACCACCGACACGUCGGUGCUUGUGCGCUGGUGCGCUCCCAAUUCGGUGGUGCGCGCCUAUCAGAUCCGCUCCUCGCCCGAGGGCCGGCCGGGGAACCAGUCGGUGGUGAGGGACGUCUGCGCCACGGCGCGCCAGCACGUCCUGCACGGGCUGUCGCCGGCCACCGCCUACCGCGUGUGCGUCCUGGCAGCCAACGGCGCGGGCCUGAGCCGGCGUGGGGCAUGCACAGCCUUCAGCACCAGGCUGCUCGCCGCAGGCCUCUGCUGCCGGGCUCGGCCCCCACGCGUGCCGCGCCGCCACGCGCAGCUGCUGGCCUUCCGCAACCCCGCCUUGGCCGCCGCGCCCUCGCCCUCCUCCCCGGCCCCGCGGGCGCGCGAGGGCUGA